AGUGCCCCCUAGAUCAUUUUCCACUGGCAGUUGAUUAUUUUCAAAUUCUCAAGAUGUCAUCGAUGUUAACGUACACUUCGUUAUCGUUUUAACGUAUUUUUACUGUGGUUUUUCAAUUAGAUUUGUCGUUUAUUUAUGUGAAUAGUGAGCAACAAUGACAGGUGUUGGGGCAGAGUCAAUAAUUCCCAAAAAUGAUGCUGAUGUUCGUAAAUCAGCUGAGGAGAUGGACGAGCAGAGGCAAAAAACAAUGGCUUAUGAAUAUUUGUGUCACCUUGAAGAAGCUAAAAAGUGGAUGGAAGCAUGUUUGAGAGAGGAAUUACCCCCGACAACUGAACUCGAAGAGAACCUGAGGAAUGGAGUUUACUUGGCCAAACUUGCGCACUUCAUGGACCCAAAGAAACUGCCACGCAGUAAAAUCUACGACAUUGAGCAGAAGAGAUAUGCAAUUGCAGGAUUGCAAUUCAGGCAUACUGACAAUAUUAAUCACUUCUUGAUGUGCUUGAAGUCGAUGCAGUUGCCUCUGACAUUCCAGCCGGAAACAACGGACAUCUACGACAAGAAGAACAUGCCUCGAGUAAUUUACUGCAUUCACGCCCUGAGUACUCAUCUCUUCAAGUUGGGCAGAGCCCCCCAGAUCCAAGACCUUUACGGGAAAAUAAAUUUCACCGACGCCGAGAUCGACGCAGUGAGUGCAGAACUGAAGAAAUAUGGUAUCCAAAUGCCAGCAUUCCAAAAAAUCGGUGGUCUCCUCACCAAUAGCAUGGCAGGAGACACUGCAGCUCUGCACGCUGCAGUAAUAGCCAUAAACCAGGCCCUGACAUCUUCCAACAAAACUGCAAUGCUCAACGGUCUCCAGAAUGCCUCAGCUCGACUGCGAAACGUCAAUCCAUGCCACGUGAACGACUACUACGAGACCCUGCUAAACGCUAAAGAUAUAAAAACCCAAGCAGCCCUCAACAGAUCUCUAAACGACAGUUACAUCCCAGAUGCUUACGACGAACUGUUGACACCAGCAGAAAUUCAGGGCCACCUCAACAACGUCAAUGCUCGUCUCGCUUUCCAAUCUGUCAUGAACUCCCUGGAUUCCCCUGUUGGAAUUUUAAUCAACAACUUAAAAAAUCCAGCCCUCCAACUUCAGAAUGUUCUCCCCGAGAAUGUUAAUCGCUAUCGCGAGGCCCUCUUCCCUCUGAUCAAUCGGAUUGACCUCAAUGAAGACUUUGAAGAGACCAGCAGGUAUUGGCAGGAGCUUCUCCAAUCGAGAGUAACUCAAGCAAACGAGGUAGAACACAAAACAGCAAAACGACAAAAUGCUGUUCUAGCUCUGAACUCAGCCCUCGACAGAGACAAUCCAAAGGACUUUUACAAGGCCCUCACAGAUCCAGAUCUAGGCCUCCACAAUCACAUCGACAGCUUCGCCAUUCCUUUGUACUUCGAGGAAAUGAAGAUCGAUCAUCUGGAGUCUCGAGCCAAUAUAUCCUAUGAUGACAUACUGAAUAGUCUGAGAGUACUGACAGCUGUGGCAGCUGUUACCAAAGCUGUCGACACAGGUAAUCCUGAUCUUGUUUAUCAGGCCCUAGCAGAUCCUGGAGCCCUUGUCAACCAUUUAGACGAAUCCAAUAAGGUGAAAUACUAUCGCGCAUUAGCAAGUGUUAGAGCUGAACAUCAGAAAGAUCAACGGGACUGCCCCAUCCUGGCUUACAUCGACAUUCAGGACUGCAUAGACCUCGUUAAUCUUCGAUGCAGGAAUGACGACGAAGCUAUCAAUAUCCUGGAAGAUUUGAAUCGGGCUGUGAAGAGUAAUAAUCGAAAUGGAGUGAUGGAGGCUCUAACGAAUCCUUCGCUCAAGCUGAAGAGUCAAAUCUCUCCAGCAGAUGCAUCUCUAUAUCUUGCACUAUUUAAACGGUGUCUCGAGGAGGAUCACGAAGAUGGUUCUGAAUUGUGGCUCGAAGAUAUUGAAAACGUGGCACAGAUGGUAAUGGCUGAGGCUGAACAGGUGCAACACGCCUGUUACGUUCUCUCUGAAAUCAACAAGAAACUAAAACUCAACGAUUUCCAUGGGACAAUAGCUAGUUUAGAAGAUACUGGUCUCAAGAUCUCUAAUAAACACAAGCACAAGUACUUCCAGGCAUUGACAGCCCUCAGAGAGUACAAAGAAUGUCAUUACAAAUGUUUUUUCGUUCGAUACGUGAGUCCCACAAACGUGGAAUCAUUUUUGGACCUGGAGAGAUUUAAUUACACGUGGGACAAACCCAAGAAUAUCUCCGAGAGUCACUUCGUGACUAAAGAGGACAUUGAAGAAAUAAUUAAUAAAAUAACAGCGGAAGAGUACAAUAUUCCGUCAGAGAGUUUCAACGAGAAAUUGAUAAUUCGUCUUCAGGCGUUGAUUCGAGGAUAUUUGACUCGCAAGAAGAUUGCAGAUCGUUUCGACUACUUUCACGAUAAUGUCGAUAAAAUCAUGAAGAUUCAGGCUUGGUGGAGAGGUGUGAUGCAUCGUCGAUUGUACAGAAUGAAGCUCGUUGAAAGGAUUAGAGAAGCCAAGGGAAAGUUGAGGAAGCAGCGAAAUCAUUACGAUUACUAUCGCCAGCACGAGGACAAGAUUAUCAAGAUCCAGGCGUUCUGGAGGGGCAGGUCAGCUCGAAGAGCAUUUCUCUCACUCCUCAGGAUGGAAAAACCACCAUUUCCUGUAGUCAGGCACUUCUCAGCUAUUCUCAACUUCAAUGCUGAGGAUUAUGAUAAAGAUCUCCAGCUGCAACAGCUGAAGAACGACGUCGUCCAGACGAUCAGGUACAACCAGAAUUUGUCACAGCAGCUAGACAACAUGGACAUCAAGAUUGGUCUUCUGAUUCAGAACAGGAUUACUCUGCAGGAUGUGAUUGCCCAUGGGAAGAGUCUGGAGACUCUUGCUAAAGAGAAACAUCAUCACCGAUCACGAAAGAAUUCAAUGUCUGAGAAUUUAAGCAGUUACAAGGGUCUUAAAUCAUUGACGAAAGAAGGGAGAAAGAUGCUGGAGGGAUAUCAGCACUUGUUCUAUGCGCUGCAAACAAAUCCUGAAUAUUUAUCGAAAUUAUUGUUCUUAAUACCUCAGAGCAAGACGAAUAAAUUUCUUCAGAACGUCAUUCUCACACUUUAUAACUUCGGUUCAAACAUCAGGGAGGAGUAUCUUCUUCUUAAACUUUUUGGAAGAGCACUGCAGGAAGAGAUCAGAUCAAAAUUUCAGAAACCCUCGGAGGUGGUGACCGGCAAUCCUUUAGUCUUAAAAAUGGUUGUCAAUUAUGCUAGACAGUUGAAUGGUCGAGCACUUCGUCAAAUACUGGGUCCAGUCAUUGAGAAAGUCUUAUCAGACAGAUCGAUAAGCAUCGAGACGAAUCCAGUGGACAUCUACAAAAGCUGGAGGAAUCAAUUGGAGAUGGAGAAAGGAGAGGUUUUAGAUCUUCCUUAUUCUGUAAAUCAACAACAAGCCCUGAAUUACGAGCAAGUGCGACAGAGACUCGCUCGAGGUAUUCAAACCCUCAAAGACAUGGUCUUGGAUUUUCUGAAACGAAUCACCGAAUCGAGAGAUAUAAUUCCUUAUGGAAUGCUGUACAUGUCGAAGGUGCUCCAUGACACUCUAGCUGAAAAAUUUCCUCACGCUCCAGAGAAAGAUAUCCUCAAGGUCGUGGGGAAUUUAAUUUAUUAUCACUUCAUAAAUGCAGCAAUUGUUGCACCUGAUGCCUUUGAUAUUGUCACUCUACCAGUGGAUCGUUCAUUAUCCAAUGACCAAAGGAGGAAUUUAGCUAGCAUCGCCAAAAUCUUACAGUUUGCAGCCUCGAAGAAGGGAUUUGGGGACGAGGCGACACAUUUGAUGUGUCUCAAUCCCUUUAUCAUCGACUGCCACGAGAAAUUCAAGAAAUUCUUCAGAUCCUGCUGUCAGAUCUCAGCGUUGGAUGAUCACUUCAGUUUUCACGAGUACACAGAGGCUACGUUGAUUCACAGACCAGAGAUUUAUAUUUCUCUCCAAGAAAUUUGUGACACACACACUCUUGUGCUUGAAUAUCAGUACGAAAUAGCUCCAAAUCCAAUUGAUCCUAUUCACGAGCUGCUGGAUGAUCUCGAAUCAGCACCAACUGUUGCUUCAUUGAUGGGAAUCACUAAACCAGUUUGUGAGGCUACACUGACGCGAAUGGGACAGGCAGAGGUGUGUCUCGUCCUCACGAAUAAAUUCGAAGUUCCCGAUACUGAUGACCAAAGUCUCCAGAAGUUGUUCAUAAAGACGAAGGAGUUGCUGGUGUCAGUCCUGCAAUUUCUCAAAGGAGAGACACUUGUGAGUGCUCUUGAGACGUCAUGUUCGUCCCCAGUGCAGGAGAAAUUGUACGACGCCAAGUACUCAUCGAUUUCACCAACGAUGAAACUCAAUAUGUAUAGAGGCAGCUCUUCCUUGAAUGACUGCAGACUACAAUUGAGAGCUUAUCUUCACAAGCUUGAGCAAGGUGGCUGGGUCUCCAGAGCUGAUGGCUAUCAAAGUAUUGUAACAGCUGUUGCCAAAGAUCUUUGUAAUAAGGGGCGAUACCGAUCAAUGAGGAACAAAGAAUUGCAGACGUUGAGAUUAACCAGGCAACGGCUCCAGGAGAAGACGAAAUAUUAUGCUGAGCAAGUGGAGUAUUAUAAUGAGUAUACGCAGCGAUGUUUGGAGAAUCUUCACACGGGGAGAGGCUCUAUGAGAGCAGUCAAGGUCACUCAGAAGAAUAAUCAUGGAAAAUUGAAGUCUAAAGCUACUUUGAAAUAUUCAGCAGCUAAACUCGCUGAGAAGGGAGUUCUCUUGGAGAUCGAUGGACUCUCACAGUCGCAGUUUAAAAAUGUCAUUUUUGAAAUCACUCCGACUGAACAGAGUGGAAUUUUCACGAUUAAGGGGAAGUUUAUGGGAGUGGAGAUGGAGAAAAUUGAAAUUGAUAUUCAAAAGCUGCUGGAGUUGCAGUUCGAGGGAGCCCCCAUUAUGGACAUGUUUGGAAAAGCGAAGAUCAAUGUCAAUUUGCUGCUGUACUUACUCAACAGAAAAUUCUAUGGAAAAACUUAGAGGCCAGUGAGUUUAUACCGUUUUAAACAGUGUGUAGAUGCAGCCAGACAAUACAGAUCAGUCUGAUAAGUCCAGGGUCUUCCUGUCUGCACCUUAAUGCACAUGGAAUCCUCUGUCUAGAUGAUCUGCAUGCAUUUAGUUCCCUCGGGGAAUAAACCCAUAUUAAUGCUGCAUCCAAAGUCAAGGAAUUGUAUCGUUGGCUUAACAUCCUCAGUCGUAAAUAAUUUGGUAUUUGUGUACGUACUCG